CAUCAACAGUUCAAGGUAUUGUGAAUUGACAUUGCAAAUCAGGUGUUUUUAGGGGUUUGUUUUUGUCAGCUUACACGUGCCGUGUUGUGGAACGUUGGAUCAAGAUUGAUUUCCUACCCUUUUGGUCACCUAUAAGCAGUAACGAUUAAAACAGAUUAGUGAUAUACUCAAAAAAAGGCACUGUUAAGAACUGAUUGCAACCAUGACGCAGUCAGAACAACAGGUUGGGAGUACGUUAACAGAAAGUAUGCUCCAUGAGAUAAUGACACCUGGUUUUCUACCAGAUAUAUCGGCACUAAAUGUUCAAAUGCAGGGAACUUACGAUGGACCUUAUUUAGAGAUUCUUGAACAACCUAAAUCGCGUGGAUUCAGGUUUCGUUAUCCGUGUGAAGGACCUUCCCAUGGAGGGCUCCCAGGUGAAUUCUCAACUCAAAAAACUAAAUCUUAUCCUUCAGUUCAGCUGAAUAACUACCGUGGGCCAUGUCGAAUAGUGGUUUCCUUGGUAACAGAAGAGGAACCUUAUAUGCCACAUGCGCAUAGUCUAACUGGCAAGAAUGCCAGCAAAGAGGGAAUAGUUACUGUACAGAUUGGACCAGAACAGGGAAUGUCAGCAAGCUUUCCAAACCUUGGAAUUCAACAUGUGACAAGAAAAGCUGUGGCCAAAACAUUGUUAGAAAGAUACACGAAAAUGCAAGAAUUGCAGUCACUUACAAUGUCAGUAAUGAGUACGACACAUAAUGACCCAGCGUCACUGUUUGGUAUAAGUGGACUUGGUGCACAACAUGCUGCUGGAACAGAUAACAAACCAUUUGACAAGAAUCUUGCGCUGUCUGUUGCUGAUGAAGAAGCUAAAAAGAUUCGUAAGAUGGUAGAUGACCAAGCAAAACAGAUGAACCUUAGCUGCGUCAGACUGUGUUUCCAAGCAUACCUACCUGACGAUAAUGGAAACUUUACGAAACCAUUAAAACCAUGUAUAUCAAAUGCUGUUUAUGACUCAAAGGCACCCUCAGCAUGCCAGYUAAAGAUUUGUAGAAUGGACAAAAAUUCAGGCUGCGUUACAGGUGGAGAUGAAGUAUAUCUGCUUUGUGACAGAGUACAAAAAGACGAUAUUGAGGUUCACUUUUUGGAGUAUGAUAGUGAAGGCAAGGUAAAUUGGGAAGAUCUGGGAACCUUUGCACCAUCAGACGUUCAUAGACAGUUUGCAAUAGUUUUUAAAACUCCUCCCUACUGGAAUGUUGCUGUAGAAAAACCUGUUAAAGUUUUCUGUGAACUACGAAGAAAAUCUGACAAAGAAACUAGUGAACCAAUGGAAUUCACAUACACACCACAGCUGUUUGACCAGGAACAGAUAGGAGCUAAACGUCGUAAAAAGAUCCCACACUUCUCUGAGUACUUCCAGCCACCCCCAGGUGGUCCAGCAGGUGGAGCUGGUGGUAUCGGCGGAGGUGAUGCAACUGGUUAUUUCAAUUUUGGCGGUGGCUUUACACUUGCUGGUAUUGGUUUACCAAGCACUACUAGCGACCAAACACAGGGCGGUACAGGUGGAGGAAUGCAGCAGGCUACUGCUUCCCCUGGUACCCAGCCCUCUCAGGAGAUGCUGAAAGAGUUGGCCUGGGCCAUAGCACAGCAUACAUCCAGUGCUAUGAGAGACUAUGCCUCUACAGGUGACACACGCUACCUCCUUGCCAUCCAGCACCAAUUAACUGCUGUUCAAAAUGAUGAUGGGGAUACUGCACUUCACCUUGCAGUCAUCAACUGCCAGUUUAAUGCAACAGAAAGUCUGGUAUCAGUCAUGAAGGACCUGCCAGGAGACCUUGUUAAUGAGUACAACUAUCUUAGACAGACUCCUCUCCACUUGGCUGUACUGACAAAGCAACCUUGUGCCGCUGAAUGCUUAAUGAAAGGCAAUGCCAAGGCAACUAGUUGUGACCGUCAUGGCAACACUCCUGUACAUAUUGCUUGUGCUCAGGGUGAUAUUGGGUGUUUAAAAGUUCUGUUGAAUAAGAAAUUACGCAAAGAAAGUGAGGAAUUUCCUGAGAUACACUGGCAAAACUAUAAUGGUUUUACUCCAUUACAUCUUGCUGUCAUAAGAGGUAAUCGAGAAAUCAUCAAGAUGAUUCUAUCAGUAGGAGCUGAUGUUGAGGCUAAGGAUGGUACUUGUGGGCGCACUCCUCUUCAUCUUGCUGUCGAGAACAAUAACUUAGCCAUAGCUGGCUUUUUGAUUCUUGAGGCCAAAUGUUAUGUUGACUCCUAUACCUUUGAUGACAAUACACCACUGCAUCUGGCUGCUGGUCGUGGACUGGAAGGACUGACAGCUCUGUUGGUGGCUGCUGGAGCUGAUACCAUGGAAACGAACAGUGAAGACGAGACACCUUAUUCUCUAGCCAGUACUGCUGAAGUCAAAAAGAUCCUUGCUGAUGAAGACGAAGUUCCAGAUACUCUUGAUGACAUCAAAAUACCUGAAGUAGAAAUUAAGAAAAUGUCAGCAGAGGCGAAUGCAUCUCUCAUCGGCCAAACCACAGCUCCGCCAGAAACAACAAGGCUUCUGACAUCAAGUAACUAUGGCAACAAGAAGGACCUGCAUGCUGUCAAGGCCAUGGUGGACCAUGAAGACUCGGGUGUUGAGGGAGACUCAGGAUUUGGUUCUCAUUCAAUUUCAGUUUCCAGAAGUGAAGAUUCAUUUCCAUUUUCUUCACACCCUGGCAAAAUCUACCAUCCAACAACAGAACAGGAUCCUCGACUGCAAUCCACCAACAAUCAGCCAAUGAAAUGGGCUCACUGACAUCACACUAUAACCAACCAAUCAGAAGGUCUCAGUGACAUCGCAGCUAGCCAAUAAAAUUAGCUUAUUGUCCUUGCGAUGAUGUCACCAUGAAGCUACCCAUGGCAGCCAGUGUAAAGGCCAGGCGCUGCCGUGGAAACUUACCAAUGCCAUAGCAACCAGGCAUUGCUAUGGCAACCAACAUUGCCAUGGAAACUGGCAGACAUGCUGAGCAGCCAAGAGAAUCGAGGGCAACACUCGAUCAGAGUUAGCUAAUAAAGCUUUCUUGAUGCUUAUGGACCCUUAGUGUGACUAUGCAAGAUACCUUGGGUAGCAAAGUUGUGCACUAUAAAUAUUCCAGGAAUUGACAUACAUAAAUUCUUUAUAGCAUUUUUCAUGUUUCUUUGACCUCUGCAAUUUCUAGACGCCUGGGAUUUUGGCUUCCGUCAAUCAAAAAUUCAUUAACUCGGACUGCUGUAGUUUUGAUUGACAGAUGCCAGAACAGGAGUUGGAGUUGGAGUUGACUGGGUCUCAGAAACAUGGGAAGCGCUCUAACCCAGACAACCAGACUACAUUGCAUCAAUGUACACAUAAAUAAACCAAUAACCAUCUAGUAUUUUAGUUAAGAAAGCUCUGUUU